AUAAUGGGAGAGGGCACGACGGUCAAUUGUCAAAGUGCUUCACCAUCGAAUAACGAGGCAACUUCAAGUGAAGCUUUGGACUUAUUGAUGGAAUUCCUAAACUGCGUUAUGGCGAAAGAUUUCCGCCAAGCAUAUACCGUCGGCCAAAAGGUCCUGGAGAUUGAGCCAGAAAACAAGGAAGUUAAGGCGUUUUUGCCUCUGAUUUCAGAAGCUCUAAAGAUAAAGCUAUCAGGGAUUUUUCACCAAGAUGUUGAUUCUGAAAACGACAACGAAAAUCUUGAGGAGGAGGAGACGGCGGAGGAAGAAGAAGAAGAAUCCACCUCCAAUUCUUCCAGUAGUAGCUCGGAGAGUGAUAGUUCUUCAUCAUCCGAUUUGGGCGACCGCACAGCAAAAGCAUGAGUCAUUCACGAGGCUUAUACCCAGGUCCAUGCAAGAGUUAUGAGUGAACCACGCAAUUUCAGAUUCUUGACACAACCAUUCUAAUGAUUUAUGGGUCCUCCGCUCUACUUUCCUUUUUUACUACAAAUCUCAACGUCGUAAAGGAUAGUUACACUGUGUCUUACUUUGUGAUAACAAUGAGCAGAUUCGAGUUCUCGAUGUGCAUAUGUGGAAAAACCCAUUUGCCCUGAAACAUAAAAAGAUAACUUGGUUUAUUUUCCCAACGAUGAGCAUUCCAACAGAGUGAGAGUUGUAUGAAGUGGAAUGAAACGGCGGAUGAAUCAAAUUCAGUUGGUGCUUGUGAACCUUCCACAAAUGGCAAGUUCGGGACUAAACUGGUGAAAUUUUUGUAGCGAAGUUUACUUAAUGACGUCCCCGUAAAGAAGUAGAAAGUACCAACCACCUAAAGCACCUGUAUAGUGACCAUCUUUUUCCCUUUGGAAUUGAUUGAGGCUUGUUUUAGUCGUUAUGAAUUAUACUUGUUUAUAUGCCAAAUCACUGUACUUUGCUCAAGUUAAAAACUUUCG